UAGGAUAGAGCGACAGUUGCAGCGGCGCCGGUAGAGGCGAUACGUAACCUUUUGGAUCAUAAUGGUAUCUAUCCCGGAAUACUAUGAAGGCAAGAAUGUCCUCCUCACUGGUGCUACUGGUUUCAUGGGAAAAGUUCUUCUAGAAAAGCUACUACGAUCCUGUCCAAAGAUAAAGGCAAUAUAUGUUUUGGUGAGAUAUAAAGCAGGAAAGACAUCUCAAGAAAGAGUAGAAGAAAUGAUCCACUGCAAGCUUUUUGAUAGAUUACGAGAUGAGCAACCAGAAUUUAAACAGAAAAUUGUUCCAGUUGCCAGUGAUCUUACAGAAGUAGAAAUGGCCCUUAGUGAGGAAGACAAGAAGAGUAUUCUAAAUUAUGUUAAUAUUAUAUUUCAUUGUGCUGCUACCGUACGAUUCAAUGAAAUCCUACGGGAUGCUGUUCAGCUCAAUGUCAUUGCAACACAACAGCUUCUCCUCUUGGCUCAGAAAAUCAAGAAUCUAGAUGUGUUUGUCCAUGUUUCAACAGCAUUUGCAUACUGCAAUCGAAAACACAUUGAGGAAGUUGUUUAUCCACCUCCUGUUGAUCCUAAGAAAUUAAUAGAUUCCUUAGAGUGGAUGGAUGACAGUCUAGUAAAUGAUAUUACACCAAAAUUAAUUGGAGAUAGACCCAAUACCUACACAUAUACAAAAGCCUUAGCAGAAUACAUUGUACAGCAGGAAGGUACAAAAUUAAAUAUUGCCAUUGUGAGGCCAUCAAUUGUGGGUGCCAGCUGGAAGGAGCCUUUCCCUGGAUGGAUUGAUAACUUUAAUGGACCUAGUGGCCUUUUUAUUGCUGCAGGAAAAGGAAUUCUUAGAACAAUGCGAGCCUCAAAUAAUGCAGUUGCCGAUCUUAUUCCUGUAGAUGUAGUCAUCAAUGCAACAAUAGCUGCUGCUUGGUAUUCAGGAGUUAAUAGGCCAAGAAAUAUUAUGGUAUACAACUGUACAACGGGUGGCACUAAUCCCUUUCAUUGGGGUGAAGUUGAAUACCAUGUAAUAUCCACUUUCAAGAGGAAUCCUCUCGAACAGGCCUUCAGACGGCCCAAUGUAAAUCUAACAUCCAAUCACCUUUUAUAUCACUACUGGAUUGCUGUAAGCCAUAAGGCCCCAGCAUUCCUGUAUGAUAUCUACCUCAGGAUUACAGGAAGAAACCCAAGGAUGAUGAAAACAAUAACACGUCUUCACAAAGCUAUGGUGCUAUUAGAGUACUUCACAAGUAAUUCUUGGGACUGGAACACAGACAAUGUCAAUAUGCUUAUGAGCCAGCUGAGUCCUGAAGACAAAAAGGUAUUUAAUUUUGACGUUCGGCAGUUACAUUGGGCAGAAUAUAUGGAAAAUUACUGCAUGGGAACAAAGAAAUAUGUACUGAAUGAAGAAAUGUCUGGUCUCCCAGCAGCUCGGAAACACUUAAAUAAGCUAAGGAACAUACGGUAUGGCUUCAAUACAGUACUUGUAAUUCUCAUCUGGCGAAUUUUCAUUGCAAGAUCCCAAAUGGCAAGAAACAUCUGGUAUUUUGUUGUUAGCCUAUGUUACAAGUUCCUCUCUUACUUCAGAGCAUCCAGCACUAUGAGAUACUAGAGAUGACAAUUCCAGCAUUAGGACAUCUAUGCAUUUGGUGGUCUAAUGGCACAAAGCCGUAUAAUAUACCUACUCAUCUUGUCUUUUGUAAAAACAUGAAAUAUUAGAUCUGGAUUGUGAAAUACAGUUCAUGUGAUGCUUAAUUGUGCAUUUCUGUGAAGAUUAUAUGGCUAAUCUGGAUCAAUCUCUCAUUAGGCAAAUAUGUAGGUAAAAUAUCCAAGCAGAUUUAUAUCUGUAUGAGGAAAACGUUAGGCCAUGGACCAGUGUAACUGCAAUUCUGGAAUGCAUUCAAUUAAAAUCUGCCUUAACAUA